UUCAGAGAGCCGGCUGGAGAGGCAGCCUCUGCACAGGGAUUGUGACACGCAGAGCAAAGGCCACCAAAGCGGAUUCCAUCCCCCUUGUGAGCAAGUGGAGAGAGGAUAGCCCCCAGCCUGCGGGUCCUUCAGUCCUGUGAGUACCACGCCGGUCGCCGCUGAGCCAUGGCUGGAGGAGAGAUCACCACCUUCACAGCCCUGACCGAGAGGUUUGAUCUGCCUCCGGGAAACUACAAGAAGCCCAAACUGCUCUACUGCAGCAACGGUGGCCACUUCUUGAGGAUCCUUCCUGACGGCACCGUGGACGGGACAAGGGACAGAAACGACCAGCACAUUCAGCUGCAGCUGAGUGCGGAAAGCGCGGGCGAAGUGUAUAUAAAGGGGACGGAGACUGGCCAGUACUUGGCCAUGGACACCGACGGGCUUUUAUACGGCUCACAGACACCAAAUGAAGAAUGCCUGUUCCUGGAAAGGCUGGAAGAAAACCAUUAUAACACUUACACAUCCAAGAAGCACGCGGAGAAGAGCUGGUUCGUGGGCCUCAAGAAGAACGGGAGCUGCAAGCGCGGUCCUCGGACUCACUACGGCCAGAAAGCCAUCUUGUUUCUCCCCCUGCCAGUAUCUUCUGACUAGAGGUGUCUGGUCUGGGUGCUCCCUAUUUUGGUUGACCCUAAAAAUGUUCCCUUGACCAUUGGCUGCGCUAACCCCCCAGCCCACCGAGCCUGAAUCUGCAAGCAGUGCUUCUAAAUAGCCAGGUCACUUUUCUGCUGAGCCUUU